GAAAAAUGGAUGAGGUUUUUUCACUGCACAUGGAAAAGCUCGACGUCUAUGACGUGCUUCUCCUGGCUGGCAUUCUCUCGGUCAUAAUAUUAAUUUGUAUUUAGUUAAAUGCUGCUUCGUUUUACUAGCUAAAAAUGUAGCCAGCUAACAAACGCAAGACGUUGUGAAAUUACAACGCGAAUGAUGUACCAAAGCGUAAUUGUAAAACAUAUGUGCCCUAUCGGAGCAAGUGUUGGAAAGCGAGCUGCAGUCAUUGCUAUCAAAUAAAAUAGAGAUGCGGUAUUAUACAAAUAAUUUAUCGACUUGAGUAAGCAACCUUCAAGAGGACUUUCAACAAUAGAAAAUUAAAUUAAUAAUUACGUCCCCGAAACAUAUAUUGUUUUGCUCACAACAUGGUAUUAUUUUUGCCG